AUGAGCGGCAGCGCCGAGGCCGAUCCGGCUCCCGCGGCCCCUCCGGCCGCCCCCGCGCCGCCCGCCGCGGCCGCCGACAGCAAGCCCAGCCCCGCCGCCCUCGGCAGUGCCGGUACCGGGGCCGCCCCAGGCGCGGUGGGCGCUGUGGCGCGGGGAGCCGAGGGCGGAGCGGCCGGCGGGAGGGGGCCUGUGCCGGUCUCGGCGGGGGUGGCAGCGGCUCCCAGCGAAGGGGCGAUGUCCAACGGCGUCUACAUGCCGCCCAGCGCGGCCAAUGGCGACGUGAAGCCGGUGGUGUCCUCCACGCCGCUGGUGGAUUUCCUGCUGCAGCUGGAGGAUUACACUCCCACGAUCCCAGACGCCGUCACUGGAUACUACCUGAACCGGGCAGGCUUCGAGGCCUCGGACCCCCGAAUCAUCCGCCUGAUCUCGCUGGCAGCACAGAAGUUCAUCUCUGACAUCGCCAACGAUGCUCUGCAGCACUGCAAGAUGAAGGGCACUGCCUCGGGCAGCUCCCGCAACAAGAGCAAGGACAAGAAGUACACCCUGACCAUGGAGGACCUGACGCCGGCGCUGGCUGAGUACGGCAUCAACGUGAAGAAGCCUCAUUACUUCUCGUGAGGAGGAAGCAGGGAGGGGGCUGCUGUGUGCCAAUAAACACUUGGGGGGCUGCAGUGCCCUCUGUGCC